GAGGUCUCCAAAGCACACCAACACACAAACGGUAGAAUUCUUCGUGUGAAGAAGUUCGUGAGAAAGAUACAAAAAGAAAGCGGUGCACCAGUAACGGAGGCCACGCCCCUGUUGCUGCUACGCCUUUCUCUUUGAUCUGCUUUCCCACUCGCAAACAGCUGUCUGACUUCCUGGCGUGUGCGGUUGGCGUGUGGUGGCAACCUGUUCUUACUUGAGGCGGUCAACGACUUUGCCUUCCCCCUUCCCGAUUUGCUAUCGUGUCUUUUUUUCUUCUUCUUAAGAUUCUUUAAACGACUUUCUGGACUUUUCUUUUUCUUUAAUUCAAUUCCCUUUUCUGUUAUACACUUGCGUAGGCGAAGACCAGCCAUCACUUUAAGAAUCUUAGGCGACUCUUACCCCUGGUUUUCUGCGUGUUUUUCUUUUCUGGUUUAAACGGAUUGUUAGAAGAAAGUCUUUAUCGCUUUCCCGUUGGCCUGCUUGAUUCCAUCAGGGUUGAAAAAAAUACAUAUAUUUGUCGGAUGCUACGGAGGGAAAAAAAAAUAAGCGUCAUCUGUACCUGUUUCGACAGCCUGCCAACGCCAGAUUUUCUUCUUCGAUAAAAAAGAUUAUUUCUUCCUUUUUAUGAUAACGUACGUCGAGGCGGACACGGUUAUUUAUGGUAUAUUUGUUAUUGACUGUUGUUGUUCUUCUCUGCGAGUACUCGAGCGGCCCAGGAACAUUCCUCUUCCAUUACUAAACAGACAAAAAAAAACCGUUAACUUCUGUGUUUUGUGUUUUUUCCCGUGUUUUCUUUGUUUUUUCUUUUCCUCUGGCACUUGUAAUAACGAAGUCUCUGCUGCACACAACGUUGUACCUCCGCUGCUUUGUGGACUCUGUAAAUAGAGUUAUACUUUCUCAUUGGCAGGCAACGCGCGUAGCCUUCCGUUCCGCAUUUUUCUCCUCCUUUUGUGUUAAGCAAGCUUUUCUGUUGUGAUUUUGGUAUAUUUAUUUCCCUGCUCGUGACGGCUGUUAAAUCGAAAUUUCCACGCGAAUCCGCCGCAGCGUUCAGAUCCGGACUGAUUUUCCCUUUUCUCCUCUAACAAGCAAGGGCUUUUAAACGAAAAGAGGUACGCGGAGGAAGACGCGGAACUCGCCGUCGCUGCGCCGUUGAUCAUCGGGAGCGCUUUCUUGUUUUCUUUCCGAGACGAACGUAGGAGAGUUGACUUAUUCGCGGGGCAGUGGUUUGUGUCCUGUAACGUGAGCACGCCUUCUUCCUCAUUUCUGUUCCUUUGCAUUCUUCAGCGGCACCUUUCUGUUUCGCGCGAUGCUGCAUCAAUCCGCGGAUGAGGAGCUGCCGGCAGAGAUGCAGGCGAUGUCGACCAACCCCGCCAAGGUGCGGCACCACGCCGACCCUCUGCACGACUACCGCAGCGAGCACGUGGAGCUGCAGGAGAAGUUGGCGGAGAUGUGGGGAGCGGAGGAGCCCUACACCCCCGUGGUGGAGGAGACCGGGUCGUUCUUUCAGCGCUACUAUUAUUCGUGGGUGUACAAGACUGUAUCACUGGCUUCAGAGGAGAAGUUGACGAAGGAGAUUUUGCCUCUGCCCACCAAAGAUGUGCGAGCGCACGAGAGCGGCGGCCGUCUCUCGCGCAGCAUUCAGAAGGCGAUGUACGCGCGCAACGCGUGGAACUGCAUGGUGGGGACGGCGGUGGUGAGCACCCUCGACCCCGCGAGCCGUGGCGUGCUGCGGUGGGUGGGUGUGCCGCAGCAGGGCGGGUACACGCGCAUGAUGGCGGGCGUGGAGUGGAGCGUGCCGCCUGCGGUGCGCACGGCUGCCCGCGGCGACGACAGCGCCGUGUCGCCCUUCUUCGACGGCGUGGUGCACGGCGAGCACCUCUUCACGCCGGAGCACAGCGACAUGUCGACGCUGGAGGAGGUGACGCAGGUCAACCUGGACUUCUCCUGCCGCGGCGGGGUGGUGGCCAUUCCAACGCCGCAGCGAGUGCCGCUGUUCACCCUGCUUGUGAAGGCGCUCCCCUACUACUUCUUUGUGCAGAUCCCGUUCCUGCUCGUGAGCACCAUCUGCACUGUCGUCUUACCCACACUGCUGGAGGCCUUUGUCGCCUUUAUUAAAUCCCCUGACCCGUCCUGGCCGUACGGACUGGCGCUGGUCGCGGGUAUUUUUCUUGUGCAGGCGACGGGGAGCGUCUGUGUGCAGCGCUACAACUACCUUUCCUUCCGCUGCGGCCUGCACUAUCGCUCUGCCCUGAAUGCGGUGAUAUACGAGAAGUGCAUGAUUAUCUCUUCCAAGUCCCUUGCAAAGCCGGAGAUGAACGCCGGCCGCAUCAUCAACAUGGUCGGCACCGACACGGAGCGGGUGUGCUUCUUUAUGUUUUUCGCCAUGAUGGUGUGGGGCAGUCCAUUGGUGCUGCUCUUGGCCGUCUUGCAGCUCGCACGCCUUGUGGGCUGGUGCUCGAUUCUCGCCAUCUUCUGCUUCGUGGUAACCAUCCCCGUCAACGCCUACUUCAUGAGCAUUCAGAUGGCUGCGCGGCAGAAUAUUAUGAAGGCGACCGAUGCCCGCGUAAAGGCCACCAACGAGUUCUUCUCCGGCAUCCGUAUCGCGAAGUUCAUGACGUGGGAGCCGCGCUUUAUCGCCCACAUCGAGGCAAAGCGCUCCAUCGAGUUAUUUUUCCUCAAGCGAAUUCAGACAAGCCGCAUUAUGAUGUCUUUCGUAAACAACGCAACGCCGAUCUUCAUGAUUGCGGCGGUGUUCACCGUGUACUACCUUACCGGCCACGACUUAAGCCCCACUAUUGUCUUCCCCACCAUUGCACUGUUGGGCGUCAUGCGACAGCCCUUCCAGCAGAUUCCGUGGGUGUUCACCAUGCUGAUUCAGUUUAUGAUUUCAAUGGGACGCAUUAACAGCUUCAUCGAGUGCGACAACGCGGCGUGCUCCACCGUGCAGGACAUCGAGGACUACUUCAAGGAGCAGCACGAGCACAGCACGGCGUGCCAGCUUGCCGCGGUGCUCGAGAACGUGGACGUGACGGCGUACGUGCCGGUGAAGCUGCCGUUCGCCCCGAAGAUCAAGAUGAGCUUGCUGUCACGGGUGCUGCGCAUGAUAUGCUGCGAGCAGUGCAAACCGACGAAGCGCCGACCGCCACCGACGGCGGUGGCGGAGGAGCUCAUCUACGCAUCACCCACCAGUGCCGUGCGGCGCGUCGUGGAUGGUGCGCCGAGCCCCGCUGGCAGGACGUCGCCGACCGCCGGCAAAGGAGCAAAGCGCCCGCAGAUGAAAGAUGAAGACUUCUUCGAGUUGGAGCCGAAGGUGCUGCUCCGCGACGUCUCGGUUGCGGUGCCGAAGGGGAAGCUGACGCUGGUGCUUGGCGCGACGGGCAGCGGCAAGUCGACGCUGCUGCAGUCGCUGCUGUCGCAGUUCGAGCUGACGCAGGGCCGGAUCUGGACGGAGAAGAGCAUCGCGUACGUGCCGCAGCAGCCGUGGAUCAUGAACGCGACGGUGCGCGGCAACAUCCUGUUCUUCGACGAGGAGGAGGAGAGCCGGCUGGGCGAGGCGAUCCGCGUGAGCCAGCUGCAGACGGACUUGCAGCUGCUGGGCUCGGGCCUCGAGACGGAGAUCGGCGAGAAGGGUGUGAACCUGAGCGGUGGGCAGAAGGCGCGCGUGAGCCUUGCGCGUGCUGUGUACGCCAACCGCGAGGUGUACCUGCUGGACGACCCGCUGUCUGCGCUGGACGCGCACGUUGGGGAGCGCGUUGUGGACGACUGCUUCCUCGGCGCUUUGGCCGGGAAGACGCGUGUGCUGGCGUCGCACCAGAUGCACGUUGUGCCCAAGGCGGACUACGUCAUUGCGCUGGGGCACGGCAGCGUGGAGUUCAGCGGGAGCAGCGCGGACUUCAUGCGCAGUCCAAUUUUUGCCUCCAUGGCCGUCGGCUCUGCCGUUCAUGGCGAACACGAAAAGGAGCGGGAAGAGGAGGUAGUGGAGGUGCUGGAGGCCGAAGACGUCAUCGACGAGGAGCCCGAAUCCGCGGAGAAGCUCACGAAGUCGGCGGCGCAGAAGAAAGACGCAGAAGAGGACGACGACGCGGGCGGUCACCUUAUCAUCGACGAGGAGAAGGCGAGCGGUGGCGUGCCGUGGAGCGCGUACGUGGCGUACUUCCGCUUCUGCGGCGGUGUGUCGGUGGUGGCGUUUAUUGUGCUAGUUUUUGUCUUUACCGAACUCCUUACCGUCUCCGGCAGCGUGUGGUUGUCCUCAUGGACGACACACCAGUACAACAUCUCUGAUGCUCGCUACUUGCAGGUGUAUCUUGUGCUGGUGCUCGCGACGGGUGCCGGCUAUCCCCUGCGCUUCUUCUUCUCCUACCGUGCGAUGCUGCGCGGGUGCGUGACGAUGCAUCGCGCGAUCCUGCGCUCUGUCACCACCGGCACGAUGGAGUUCUUCGACCGCACCCCGCUCGGCCGCCUGCUGAACCGCUUUUCGCGCGACAUUGAGAUGCUCGACAACGGCUUGCAGAUGUCCACCAUCGCCCUGCUUGAGUGUCUCAUGGCGAUCGCUGCGGCGAUGCUCGUCGCGGCCUACUCGCAGCCGCUCGUGCUGCUGGCCCUCGUGCCGUGCGGGUACAUUUACUACCGCCUCAUGAUCUUUUUCAACUCGGCCAACCGCGAGGUUCGCCGGCAGAGCAGCAUCUUGAAGACGCCGGUGUUUACGCUGCUGACGGAGCUGACGAAUGGACUGGCGACGAUUGCGGCGUACGGAAAGUCCGGCGUGGUGAUGCGCGAGGCGCUGAGCCGCUUGGAUGUCGUACUCUGCUGCGGUAACCUCGAAAACAAUAUGAACCGCUGGCUUGCAGUCCGCAUUGAAAUGCUGUCGAACGUCGUCGUCACGUCCGUUGCUCUUGUCGCCGUCGCACGGACCUGCAUGAGUUCCUCCUCAGUCAACGUCGCCCUCGUUUCUCUCUCGCUGACCAUGGCGAUGCAGACCACGGGUCAGCUCAACUGGCUGGUGCGCACCAUCGCCAACGUAGAAGCGGACAUGAACAGCGUCGAGCGCAUUCUCUACUACACGGAAAAGAUUCAGAAAGAGGAGAUGCCGGAGCUCAGCGAGGAGGUGAACGCUCUGGAGAAGCGCAUUGGGGUCGAUGCAGAUGCCACGGACACGGUGGUGAUUGAGUCCGUCAGCCCCACCGCUGCCGCACCGCACGUCGUGAGGGCCGGCGCGCUCACCUUGGACCACGUGCAGAUGCGGUACCGCGAGGGGCUGCCGCUUGUGCUGCGCGACGUGAGCUUCUCCAUCGCGCCGCGCGAGAAGGUGGGCGUUGUGGGCCGCACGGGGAGCGGGAAGUCGACGCUGCUGCUGACGUUCAUGCGGAUGGUGGACAUCUGCGGCGGCGAGAUCCGCGUGGACGGGCGCGCGCUGGGGUCGUACGGGCUGCGCGAGCUGCGGCGGCACUUCUCGAUGAUCCCGCAGGACCCCGUGCUGUUCGACGGGACGGUGCGGCUGAACGUGGACCCGUUCCUGGAGGCGUCGUCCGCGGAGGUGUGGCACGCGCUGGAGCUGGUGGGGCUGCGCGAGCGCGUUGCGUCGGAGACGGAGGGGAUCGACGGGCGCGUGCUGGAGGGCGGGUCGAACUUCAGCGUUGGGCAGCGGCAGUUGAUGUGCAUGGCGCGCGCGCUGCUGAAGAAGGGCAGCGGGUUCAUCCUGAUGGACGAGGCGACGGCGAACAUCGACCCCGCGCUUGACCGGCAGAUCCAGACGACGGUGAUGAGCGCGUUCGCCGAGUACACGGUGAUCACGAUUGCGCACCGGCUGCACACGGUGGCGCAGUACGACAAGAUCAUCGUGAUGGACCACGGCGUGGUGGCGGAGAUGGGCAGCCCGCGCGAGCUGGUGAUGGACCGGCAGUCGGUCUUCCGUGGGAUGGUGGAGGCGAUGGGCACGUCAGCGCGUGCGCACUUCCUGAGUCUUUUAUAA